CGCGCGGAUGGCGGCAGCGGGCGCCGGGUCUGGGCCGGGGGCGCCCCCGGGGCUGGAGGCGACCCGACAGAAGCUCGCUCUGCGGCGCAAGAAGGUGCUGAGCGCCGAGGAGAUGGAGCUGUACGAACUGGCGCAAGCGGCGGGCGGCGCCAUCGACCCCGACGUGUUCAAGAUCUUGGUGGACCUGCUCAAGCUGAACGUGGCUCCCCUUGCCGUGUUCCAGAUGCUCAAGUCCAUGUGCGCCGGGCAGAGGCUGGCGAGCGAGCCCCAGGACCCUGCGGCCGUUUCUCUGCCCGCGGCGAGCGUGUCUGAGACCCGAGGUCAGAGCUGGAGUCUCCUAAAGAGCCCCAACGGCUGCGGAAGCUCUUCAUCGGACUGCAUCGAAAUGACCGAUGAGUCUGAGGAGCCAUUCUGA